GGCUCUCCUCAGGAGGGCGGAGCGAACGAGAACCACAUCCAAUCAGCGACGCCCUCGUACCAGAAGGGAUGACGUCAGAGGGGACGUAAACAGAGGCAGAGGGGCCAGUUUUCACUCAACGACACAAUUCCAAGGUGAUACACCCACUUUGCAACGCAGCAUAUAGCUUACGAAGAUAGCACAAUUCAACCGGUUCGUCUUUCUACCAAGCAGCCAUGCUGGGCCAGCUGACCGGCUACCUGUUCGGCGGCGCCGAGAGUCCGGCUCCGGCGGCGGCGGCGGCGGCAGCGGCCGAGCCGGUCGCGCCAUGCCGCGAGCUGCACCUCGAAGAUCCCGAACUGGACGAGUGGGUCAUGGUGGCCGAAGGGGCCAGCGCCGCCACCUCGCCACGCAUCACGCCGGCGUGCAGCACCAGCCCCAGCACGCCCACCUCCCAGCUGACGGUGGACGACAACUGGACGCUGACACCACCGGCCUGCUUCGCCACCACCGGCCGGGCGCCGCUGCCGCCCGCCUCCAGCCUCGAGAACCUUCUCAUCGAACAUCCGUCCAUGUCCGUGUACGUGCGCGGCUGCCGGCCGACGCCGGCGUCGGCAACGGCACUGCGUGAGCCAGCGCCACACGCGACGCGUAACGCCCAGAAGCUGCUGCGCCCGUCGGUGCUGGAGCGCAGCAACCGCGCGCGCCAGGUGCAGGCGGCCGGCAGCCAGCGGCCGAGACGCAGCCACCACUACGGCACCCGCCACUCGGGCGCCAACAACAACCGCAAGUGCUGA